AAAUUAGAUUCCCUUGACCUAACCACCGUUCAAUCAUAACUCCAUCAUCACUCACCACCGGAUAACUUCCGUCGUCUUCCGCCGCAGUUUCUCUCUCCAUGGCCGGCGUUAAUCUACAGCUCCGUCACUCUGUUACUCAAUUGUUUCCAUCAAUUUCUUCUCCUCCUCCUCCUCCUCAACGAUUCCAGCUCGGAACUCCACCUUCUCGUGUUCUCUUCUGUAACCUCCGAGCUAACUCCGCCGCCGCUCCGACUUUGCGAACCACUCGCCGCUCAGAUAUUAUAGCCGCGUCUUCCGUCGGUUCUUCCACCUCUUCGGAUUCGGUGGUGGGAGACCGAGAUGAAGUGGGAAGGAUCCCUUUGCUUGAGGUUAAGGAUCUGAGAGCUGUGAUUGUUGAAUCGAGGCAGGAGAUUCUAAAAGGCGUCAACUUGGUCGUCUACGAAGGAGAGAUACACGCAGUGAUGGGGAAGAAUGGUUCAGGGAAGAGCACAUUCUCUAAGGUUCUUGUUGGUCAUCCUGAUUAUGAAGUGACGGGAGGGAGUGUUGUAUUUAAAGGGCAGAAUCUGCUUGAUAUGGAGCCUGAGGAAAGAUCUCUUGCCGGUCUAUUCAUGAGUUUUCAGUCCCCAGUUGAGAUCCCUGGUGUUAGCAAUAUGGAUUUCUUGAAUAUGGCUUUCAAUGCUCGCAAAAGAAAGCUCGGUCAGCCAGAGCUUGAUCCAAUCCAGUUCUACAGCCACUUAGUAUCAAAACUUGAAGUUGUGAAUAUGAAGACCGAUUUUCUCAACCGAAAUGUCAAUGAAGGGUUUAGCGGCGGUGAAAGGAAACGCAACGAGAUUCUACAGUUAGCGGUCCUCGGAGCCGAGCUGGCUAUACUGGACGAGAUAGAUUCAGGGUUGGAUGUUGAUGCUCUUCAAGAUGUGGCAAAGGCGGUGAAUGGGCUUUUGACACCAAAAAACUCUGUUCUGAUGAUAACUCACUAUCAACGCCUACUUGACUACAUCAAACCAACUCUCAUACACAUCAUGGAGAAUGGACGAAUCAUAAAAACAGGAGACAAGUCCUUGGCAAAAUUACUGGAAAAGGAAGGCUACAAAGCCAUAUCCGGUUAGUUAUGGCAGAUCAUAGAAAACUGUUCUUCCUUCUUGGAGAGACCAGAGUGUUUUUGUGUCAAAGAUGAUAUGUGGGAAGGACUGCAAUCUUUGACUGGUAAGGCUUUUUUGGCUUCAUUGGUUUGCAUGACAAACUGUUGUAUUUGGAGUUUUUUUUUUUGUCAGUCUUUGUUUAUGAACAGUUCUUCCAUACUGUUUUGUAACUAACAAAUAAAAAUUUCAGUUAAAAAUAACUCCAUUAUGUUCUAGUGA